AUGGAAAAGAUUUUUGUUCUAGGUCUUGUGAGUGCCUCUCUUCUUGUAUUUGUUCCUAAAUUGGCCAAUUGUGACACCAUAUCAUCUUGUACCCAAACACCAUACCCUGAAAUAUGCAAAUCAUUCAUUGGCUCUAAUCCUCCACUCACCUCAAAAGGGUUCCUUGAUGAAGUCCUCAAGGUCACUUUGAACCAAGCUCAACUAGCCCAAAGUCUCAUUUCAGCUAUGGAUUUGAGCUCCUUCAAUGAGCCUGCCAAGGCGGCAUGGGUCGACUGCACAGAGCACUAUGCCAACACGGUUAGCCAGCUUAAUCGUGUGUCAUUAUCUAACAGUAGGGAAGACACUCAAACAUGGCUUAGUGCAGCAAUUGCCAAUCAAGAGACAUGCAAAAAUGGGUUCAUGGAGCUCAACUCAGCUUCAUAUAUGUCUUCCUUACCUUCCAUGUUGAGUAACUUCUCAAAGUUGCUUAGUAACUCUCUUGCUAUAAACAACCAGGCACCUUCACCUUCACCUUCACCUUCACCUUCAGGUGGUAGACGCUUACUUUCUGGUGGGUUCCCUUCAUGGGUCUCUGCUACUGAUAGAAAGCUUCUUCAGUCAUCAACAUCAGCAUCACAAGCUAAUAUAGUGGUGGCUGCUGAUGGGUCUGGUAAUUUUUUGACCAUCUCUGAGGCUUUGUCUGCUUCAUCUAAGUUAAGAAGUGGGACUUCAAGAUUUGUUAUAUAUGUGAAAAAGGGUACUUACAAUGAGAACGUUCAGAUUAGCCAGUCAAAUAUAAUGUUAAUAGGAGAUGGGAUUGGUGCCACCAUUGUUACAGGUAGUAAGAACGUCCAUGAUGGUUCCACCACUUUCAGCUCAGCCACUGUUGGUGCCACAGGCAGCGGCUUCAUCGCCAAGGCCAUGACCUUCCAAAACACAGCCGGGCCUCAGAAGUACCAAGCAGUUGCAUUCCGGUCAAGCUCAGAUCUAUCAAUAUACUAUCAAUGUAGCUUUGAAGGUUACCAAGACACCUUGUAUGUGUACUCUCAACGCCAAUUCUACCGCAACUGUGACAUCUAUGGCACUGUAGACUUCAUUUUUGGUGACGCCGUCGUUGUGCUCCAAAACUGCAACAUCUACGUAAGAAAACCAUUAAGUGGCCAAGAGAACACAGUCACAGCUCAAGGCCGGACUGAUCCAAACGAGAACACCGGAAUUUCGAUCCACAAUUGCCAAAUUACGGCGGCUUCGGACUUAAGUUCAGUCAAAACUUACUUGGGACGGCCAUGGAAACAAUACUCAAGGACUGUAGUCAUGAAGACUUAUCUAGAUAGCUUGAUUGAUCCGGCGGGGUGGCUUGAAUGGAGUGGCAAUUUUGCUUUAAGUACUCUUUACUAUGGAGAGUAUGCGAAUACUGGUCCGGGCUCUAGCACAAGCAAUCGAGUGAAUUGGCCGGGGUAUCAUAUCAUGAGCACCUCAGAUGCUCUAGGGUUCACUGUUGCAAGCUUCUUGGGUGGUGGUUCUUGGAUUUCAGCUGCUGGAGUUCCAUACACUUCUGGGCUAUAA